CUUUUAGCAAAAAUUAUUACAAUUUAUAAAUCGCAAGAUUUAACAUUAUUGCAAACUGUAUUAGAUAUCGGUAAUAAGGAAUUUGCUAUAGGUCUUACAUUUGUAGCUAUAUCAAGAGUUCGUGCACUUUCUGACCUUCUCUUUAAUAGUACAUUUACUUAUAGUAAAUUGCAAAAAUUAGGAAAAAGUACACGUUUGCAGCAAAGAUUAGUUGAAGAACAGAGAUUACUUUCUUUAUGA